CUCUCGCAGUUUCUCUCUCUGUUUCAGUCAAACGGCUGAGGGAAAGUGUGUGUUUGUUGUUUCGCUGGUUUCCUCAAACCUGUUUAUCAGCCAAACCCGCAGUCGUGUGUGUUUUUCUGCCGUGUUUUCACGCUCCGGGACAGUUGGCGGAUUUUAAACGGAAGUCCAUCUCAGACAUGCCCAGACACAACAUGGACACCAUUCGAAGAUCGCCCUGGAUCCUGAGAGUUGUGGAGCAGAGCCCGGUUUCAUCAGGAGCCGAGUCCGACACAGAGGGCAGCAGCACCGAGAGCGAGCGGUACCGGAUCAGACACACAGGCGGAGACUCUGAGAAGAUCCUGACCACGCCCUCCAUGAUGCAGCAGCGAAUCACAGAGCUUGACCAGCAAAGGGAGGAGCUGAAGAUAGAGGUGGGCGGAGAGUGGCUGCAGCUGGAGGUGGCGCUGCUGCGGGCGGAGCUGCAGGCGGAGCAGGAGCGUCUGCACAGACACACAGAUCAGCUGCAGGUGCUGCAGGAGAAACACAAACACAGGAGGAGCCAGCGAUCCUCACGGAGAGAGAAGGAGCGUGUGAAGCUGGAGGAGCAGCGUCUGCAGGUGGAGAAGAUGAAGAGCAGGUGUGCGGAGAUGGAGAAGCAGAUCCCGUCACAGCCGGAGGACCAGAGAGAGCAGAUGAUGCUGCAGCUACAACAGGAGAAGGAUGCUCUGGAGGCCACGCUGCGAGUGUUUGAGGACCUGGAGUUCAGCAUUCUGGAGCUGGAGAGCGGAGUCGAAGAAGAGCGAGACGGGGAGGAUGGAGAGACGGAAACCGUCAUCGAGACAGAAAUAACCAGAGUACAACACACACGCAACGCCUCUCAGGAACGAGUGCAGCAUCUGGAGAAGCAGCUGAAGGAGAUGGAGAAGGAGAAGGAGAAAACACUGAGCUCCCUCCGGCAGGAGAAGAAAGAGCUGCUGCACAGGACACACCGGAUUUUGAAAGAGAAAAAGCCGCUCACUGAUUGGUCCAACAUCACCGGCUCCACCCCCUGCAUGAUGUCACUCAGCCCUCUGACCAUUCACAGGGCAGCACAGGAGUCUCUGAAGGACUCGUGUAGUUUACCACGCAGACGCAGCUCUCACAGGAAGACCACAGACAGACCCGUGUCUGCGCAAGGUGAGAACAACAACUCUCUAAAGCAGGAGUCACCAAUCUCGGUCCUGGAGGGCCGGCGUCCCUUCAGGGUUUAGC